GAGGAAAUGCAGGCCAGCCAGGUUCCAUCCAGAUGCACCAAAUAUAACCUCGCUGACUGCUGUUUUUAUUUACACUACCUGCCUUUGGCUCUGUUUGGGUGGAUUUGAAUCCGACCUCUGACCCCUGCAGAAAACACUCCAGAAAAACACAGCUGUGUCACGGCGAAGUUCUUCCCUUUCACACACAAAUACGCACUGAUGGCUGAAGUGGUCAGCUGCGGGUGACAGCGGACAGAAGGACACUGGUGGUUUCUGACACCGGGGGGAUGAAGUCUGCUCACACUCACCAGUUGAUUCUUUCUGCCCGUCAGUGUUCAGCGUGUGCACCAGGCUGCAGCAUCAACCUGCACCACCAUGGCUAUUACCGACUUCCUGGCAGCCUCAGACAUCACUUCUGCGAUUAACGCUUGCAAAGCAAAGGAUUCCUUUAAACCGAAGAUGUUUUUCAAAACUGUGGGUUUGUCCAAGAAAACUCCAGCAGAGAUCGAGAGGGUCUUUAAGAUUUUGGACCAGGACAAAAGCGGCUACAUAGAACAGGAUGAGUUACAACUGUUCCUGCAGAACUUCUCCAAAGGAGCGAGGCCCCUGACUGCAGCAGAGACCAGAGCUUUCCUCCUGGAGGGAGACUCGGAUGGCGACGGGAAGAUCGGUUGGGAAGAGUUUUCUGCGCUGGUCAAGUCUGCAUAAGAGCCGAUCUGUUGCAUGGGGAUGAUCUCAGGGUGGACCAACUUGCAUUGUUGUACUACAGUUAAAACAGAAACCUGGACUGAUCUAGAAAAAUAAUUUAUUUAGAAUGAAAAUAUAUCUUUUACUUUUAAUGUAAAACAAUAGAGUGAUGGAAGUAAACCACCAAUUAAAACUCUCCUCUCUGCUCUGUGUCUUUUCCUGCCAGGAGACUUUAUAAAUAAAUGUGCUUUCCUCCGUGUA